AAUUAUUUUAAAUUAGUGAGGACAUCAACAUGUUUUGGUUAUUGAUUGUGUUGGUCGGCUGCAUGUAUUUCGUGUGUUAUAAACAGAAAAUGAAGAAAUUUGAGGAGUUAUCUAAGAAAUUACCAGGGGAGCUGCCUAGAAUGCCCGUGGUUGGCCAUGCGCACUACCUGGCCGGAAGCGACGAAGACAACAUGAAAGUCAUUCAAAGGGCGGGAAGGAUAGCGGUGAAACGCGACGGCCUUGCAACCUUCUGGAUGGUCCAUAAACUGUACCUUACUGUGGCCGAUCCUGUAGUCGCAGAACUUUUGCUAAAAUCGCAUCUAGAAAAAGACAGUUCAAUGGAGUGCUUAAAAUUCCUUGUCGGUAAUGGAAGCAUUUAUGCACCAGUUUCCAUUUGGCGGCCUCGCCGCAAGAUCUUGGCUCCAACCUUCAACAUCAAGAAACUGAAUCGUUUUGUGGACGUGUUCGCUAAUCAGAGUGCUGUGAUGGUGAACAAACUGAAACCAUUAGCUGGGAAAGGGUCGUUUCCCGUUUGGAAGUUCCUGACUGGCUACACCUUUCACUCUGUUUGUGAAACUACACUAGGCGUGCAUACUAACGCUGAUGAGGACAAACUGUUCAUUGAACCCUUCGAAGAAGUUGUGGAGCAAAUGACGUGGCGCAUGCUGCAGCCCUGGUUGCACCCGGACUGGAUAUAUCGGCUACUCCCCCAGUACAGAAAGGCGGACAAAUGCAGACGUGAUAUGUACCAAUUUGUUGACAAGAUUAUCAAAUUGAAAAGGCAGGAAAUGGAAGAGAAACAGUGCGAGGUUGACUUUGCACCUAAGCCAGAUUCCUUCCUCGGUUUCCAGUCUCUACUAGAAAUGCUUCUAGAAACGUCCCUCAAAGUGAAAGGUUUCACUGAUUUGGAGCUUCGCGAAGAGGCGUUGGUGAUGAGUGCAGCUGGCACCGACACGUCGGCUGUCGCCGCAUCGUUCGCGCUCCUCAUGCUGGCACGGAACCCUGAGGUCCAAGAGAAGGUGUUUGAAGAAUUGAACGAAGUAUUGUACUGCCCAGAUAAAGCUGUAACGGCUGCAGAUCUUCCAAACCUCAAGUACUUGGAAGCUGUGAUAAAAGAAACGUUGAGGCUUUAUCCACCAGUGCCAAUAAUUGUCCGGACAGUUACCAGUGACACGAAGCUACCAUCUGGAGUGACAGUACCUGCGGGUACGGGCAUUUGCAUGCACAUCUGGGCGACCCACCGCAACCCUCGCUAUUGGGGCCCAGAUGUAGACUCAUUCAGGCCAGAGCGCUUCCUAGAGCCGCUCAAGCACCCCGCGCAGUUUGUGCCGUUCAGUUUUGGCGUGAGGAACUGCCUUGGGUAUCAAUACGCCAUGAUGUCCCUGAAGACAGUGUUAGCAACGGUCCUGAAAGAGUACCGUGUUCUGCCACCAGCUGAGGCCAACUUCAAAACCCUAAACGAACCCAUAAGGGUGAAAUACGACGUCAUGAUGAAAGCAGUGGACAUGUUUCAGAUACAAUUAGAAGUCAGGUCACCGACCAAUUCUAGAAACAUUGGAUGAUUGCUCGCGUGCUGUAGGAAAGGGAACAUUAUGUUUGUGUAAUAGCUUUAAAAACAUGUAAUUACUAUGGAACUUAUAAUUUGUAUGGAAUC